GGCUUUAUUGAAACCUUUGUCUACAUACACUGUGUGAGAGGUACAGGAAAAAAAAAAAAGUAACGUGGUUUUAAAUUUUCCAGCUAUUACAGAAAAUACACAACAAGAUAAUGCUUUCUGGGCAGUAAGAACCUAACUACAUAACUGCUACGUUAGGUCCUCCACAUCUUAAAUUACUAGAGACACAAAAGUAAUAUCAGUAAAAAUAACCAGAAGUUUAGGAGAUUGCUUUCUGUUAGAAAGCUGCUGUUUUGUAACGUAGGGUAUUGAGUUACUUGAAAUAGAAAUGCAACAUGAAAAAAAAAAUCUUGAUCUACUUAAUAAUUAGUACAGAAAUUCAUAUGGAAAACAAACAAAGGAAAAAAAGCACAAGGCAGCAAGUUAAGUUUGCCUCCCUUCUAGUGAAAUUCCAGGAAGACAAAAUAAAACAACUACAUGUUCAUAGAUUUCCAAACAUUAACAAAUUGCUUAUGGCUGUAUAAUAAGUGCAAUAGGAGGUAGUAUGAGACGCUAUUUCAAUAGACUUUAGCGUUUUAGGAGGUAAAACACAUGGUCAAAGGAACCAGUUCUUAAUCCAUAUUCAGAGCUGAAAGAGGAGUCUGUGUUACUUCCUCCUCUUCAAAAUCAAUUUAAACAGUCAAAAUAGCUUUAAAUCGGCAGAUUUCGGUUUGGACCACAAGAAAACCCUCUAAAGAAUCAGACAUAGUAGUUGCCGUGACAUUUAUGUCUAAAGGAAAUUUUUAAUUUGCAAUGAAAAACAAAAGUUUCUCUGUUCAGAGGUCUCUCCAGCAGCAGCACACGGGAUUUCUGGCUUCUCCUUUAUCUCAGGGCGCGUGUCCGCGGCUGAAAACUCUCCCGAACGCAAGUACCUGGUCUUCUCCUCCCUCCCCGGGGAGAUGGGGCGAUUUGGUGGCAGAAAUUCCGAGGAAAAUACACUUUUGUUAGUCCAAAGAAACACAAAUCGAGCACACCGAAGGGCUCCCCGGCCGUGCAGCGGGGCGGGCUCUGCAACGCACCAAUCACCGCGCGGCUCCUCUCUAAAAAUACGAGCAUCUGACCCACGCCAGCCCAAUUGUGUUCGCCUGCUCCGCAGAGGACGCCGCCGCGAUGUCCGAGACCGCUCCCGCCGCCGCUCCCGAUGCGCCCGCGCCCGCCGCCAAGGCCGCCGGCAAGAAGCCGAAGAAGGCGGCGGGCGGCUCCAGGGCGCGCAGGCCCGCGGGCCCCAGCGUCACCGAGCUGAUCACCAAGGCCGUGGCCGCCUCCAAGGAGCGCAAGGGGCUCUCCCUCGCCGCGCUCAAGAAGGCGCUGGCCGCCGGCGGCUACGACGUGGAGAAGAACAACAGCCGCAUCAAGCUGGGGCUCAAGAGCCUCGUCGGCAAGGGCACCCUGGUGCAGACCAAGGGCACCGGCGCCUCCGGCUCCUUCCGCCUCAGCAAGAAGCCCGGCGAGGUGAAGGAGAAGGCGCCCAAGAAGCGGGCGGCCGCGGCCAAGCCCAAGAAGCCGGCGGCCAAGAAGCCCGCCGGCGCCGCCAAGAAGCCCAAGAAGCCGGCGGUGAAGAAGAGCCCCAAGAAAGCCAAGAAGCCGGCGGCUGCUGCCACCAAGAAGGCUGCCAAGAGCCCCAAGAAGGCCGCCAAGGCUGGCCGCCCUAAGAAGGCAGCAAAGAGCCCGGCCAAGGCGAAGGCGGUGAAGCCCAAAGCUGCCAAGCCCAAGGCAGCCAAGCCGAAAGCAGCCAAGGCGAAGAAGGCGGCGCCCAAGAAGAAGUAAAAUAUCCUAGAAGAGUCCUGCUGUACAUAUUUUGUUAUCCAACGGCUCUUUUAAGAGCCACCCACACUUUCCCUAAAGGAGCUGAGGCACCGAGGUCGUCAGUCACCUGCAGCAAGGAUCCAGAAAUUCGUAAGUCGUCAGAGGUCAAUUGUCUUUUUCCCCUGCGAUUUCUGAAGUGAACCCUAACAAGCAUGGUAUAACGCGGCGGCUUUAGGGAAGUGUAGACUUUUGCAUCUUUUGCCAAGUAAUUGGUUUGACUGCCAUGACGAAAUGUUUUAUAAUGAUUUGAUAAAAAUCGGAUGUAACUUUUUUUAAGUAUAUAUUUUGUAACAAAAAUAAUGGAUUUGCCAGGCACGCUACUACUGAGCCAUGUCUAAUGUAUUGUAUUAUUUCUUAAGGUGCCUCCUUAAAUGCUUCUGUGUACUACGGGGGGAGGAGGGGAGGCUUUUCUUACCGUCCCGAAAACAGCCCUGAGCUCUCCAAUUCCUUUUGUCCCCUUUGAGAAAGAAAAGCAGUUCUAGGUAUUGGAAAAGCCCGCCCUGACCAAGGAUUGGCCAGCGCCGAGCCCAGCCCGCUGCCCCCUUCCCCCUCCCCGCGCGCUUCCCCGGAGAAGAUCGCGGCUGGUGCGGCGGCUGCUGCCGCUCGUAAGGAAGGAAAACGCGGAAGGGGGACGGGAUGGAGGCGGGACCUGACACCGAAGUGGGUUGUUUUCACUUUCUCCGGUUUAAGAACUAAACGUAUUCUGCCUCGUCCCAGGGAGAACUUGUUUCGGGAGAACGUUAUGGCACGACUUUGUUAACGAAAACAUGGAAAGCGUUGCUACUAUGGCCCAAACAAAAAUACCGAUAAUAAACGUAUGAAAAAAAAAAAAAA